AUGGACGCCGUGUUGGACCCGUUCUCGGCCCUCGACUCGUUCUCCUCCCCUCCUUACUUCGACGAUGACGACUUUUUCACCGACCAGUCCUCGAGGGACGCCAACCUGGACCCGGACGACUUCUUGGACGAUGACGUGGAUUUGUUCGGCAAGCAUUUCCAAGACUUUUACGCCGGCAAGGAGAGCGGCGGCAGGGCGGGCGACCUGUCCUUCUCGUCCUUCUCGUCCUUCUCGUCCUUCUCGUCCUUCUCGUCCUCGUCGUCCGCGUUCUCCUACGGCGUCCCGGAGCUGUCGAAGAGGCGGCGCAGGGCGAGGUCUGACGCGGAGAUGCAGCAGCUGAGGCAGGCGGCCAAUAUCAGGGAGCGGCGCAGGAUGCAGUCGAUCAACGACGCCUUCGAGGGGCUGCGCACGCACAUCCCCACCUUGCCCUACGAGAAGAGGCUCUCCAAAGUGGACACGCUGCGCUUGGCCAUCGGCUACAUCAACUUCCUGGCGGAACUGCUGCGGUCGGACCUGCCCGUCCGGAACCCCGGCGGCGGCGACGCGCACGCGCAGCCCAAGAAGGUCAUCAUCUGCCACCGGGGGGCAAGGUCCCCCUCGCCGAGCGACCCCGACUUCGGCCUGCCCCCCCUGGCCGGCCACUCGCUGUCCUGGUCGGAUGAGAAGCAGCUCCGGGACCAAAACGUCAUCCGCACGGCCAAGGUGUGGACCCCGGAGGACCCCCGAAAAGUGCACAGCAAGUCGCCCCUGGCGGACAUCGAGAACGAGCCCCCUUUCGGCCUGCUGGUCUAG